CGCGAGACGUCGGAGCGGCGGCCACGUAGCGCUGCGGCGGCGGCGGCGGCGGCGGCGGCGGCCGAGGCCGGGACUGCGGAGCGGCCCUGAGGACAGACGUUGGGCAGGGGGGAGGGGCCGGCCCGGCCGGCGGUUGUUACUCGAGCGCCGCGGCUACAGGCCCCCCGCCGCAGGGAUGGACCGCCGAGGCGGCGGUCGGGGCGGCGGAGGCGGAGGCGGCCGGCCCUGGAGGAAAAACAUAUACCCUCAACUUCAUCAGAUAUAAAGUGGAAAGUGCAGUGGUUCAUGAAGCAGCUGAACCAGCCACAACUUGCAUUAAAGGAAGAUAAGAUGCUCCACGUCAUUUGCAGCUUUCUUCAAAAGAAAAAUCACUAGUGCUCUGCUCUUGCCAUAAUACCAAACUUUUUGACUUACGCUUUGGUGCUGCAACACUGGAAGAAUUGCACACAGGUUCCAGGAAUACCUUUUUUUUCAUUUGAGUGAUUCUUUGUGGAUGGAAAAAGAUUUGAGUCUUAAUAAUUACCCUGUUUUAAAGCUAUUUCUCUAUAGUCUGAACCGCUUAAUAAAUUAGGCCACUUGCCAAUGAGCCACACAGUCAGUUCUUGUCAGGAGCUGGUUGAAAACUGUGCUGUGCAUGUAGCAGGAAUGGCACAAGAAGAUAGCCGUCGUGGUCAAGUGCCAUCUACCUUUUAUCAUGGUGCCAACCAGGAACUUGACCUGUCCACCAAAGUGUACAAAAGGGAAUCAGGAAGUCCUUAUUCUGUGUUAGUGGACACCAAGAUGAGCAAACCACAUCUCCAUGAAACAGAAGAGCAGCCAUAUUUCAGGGAGACAAGAGCAGUGUCUGACGUGCAUGCUGUUAAAGAAGACCGGGAGAAUUCUGAUGACACAGAAGAGGAGGAGGAGGAGGAAGUCUCCUACAAAAGGGAGCAGAUCAUAGUGGAGGUAAACCUUAAUAAUCAAACAUUAAAUGUAUCUAAAGGGGAAAAGGGUGUCUCUUCUCAGUCCAAAGAGACUCCUGUUCUUAAGACAAGCAGUGAGGAGGAAGAGGAAGAGAGUGAGGAAGAGGCCACGGAUGACAGUAAUGACUAUGGAGAAAACGAAAGGCAGAAGAAAAAGGAGAAGAUAGUGGAGAAAGUCAGCGUUACACAAAGGAGAACGAGGAGAGCUGCCUCUGUUGCCGCAGCUGCCACCUCCCCUACUCCCAGAGCUACAAGAGGUCGUAGGAAGAGUGUAGAGCCACCUAAGCGUAAGAAGCGGGCCGCAAAGGAGCCCAAAGCGCCAGUCCAGAAAGCUAAGUGUGAAGAGAAAGAGACUCUGACCUGUGAGAAGUGCCCCAGGGUGUUUAAUACUCGCUGGUACCUGGAGAAGCACAUGAACGUUACUCAUAGGCGCAUGCAGAUUUGUGAUAAGUGUGGCAAGAAGUUUGUCCUGGAAAGUGAGCUGUCCCUUCACCAGCAAACAGACUGUGAAAAAAAUAUUCAGUGUGUUUCCUGUAAUAAAUCAUUCAAGAAACUCUGGUCCCUUCAUGAACAUAUCAAGAUCGUCCAUGGAUAUGCAGAAAAGAAAUUUUCCUGUGAAAUUUGUGAGAAGAAAUUCUAUACCAUGGCUCAUGUACGGAAACACAUGGUUGCACACACGAAAGACAUGCCAUUUACCUGUGAAACCUGUGGAAAGUCAUUCAAACGCAGUAUGUCACUCAAGGUGCACUCCUUGCAGCACUCUGGAGAGAAGCCCUUCAGAUGCGAGAACUGUGACGAAAGGUUUCAGUACAAGUACCAGCUACGCUCCCACAUGAGCAUCCACAUUGGGCACAAACAGUUCAUGUGCCAGUGGUGUGGCAAGGAUUUCAACAUGAAGCAGUACUUCGACGAACACAUGAAAACACACACUGGAGAGAAACCCUUUAUCUGUGAAAUCUGUGGCAAAAGCUUCACCAGCCGCCCCAACAUGAAGAGGCACCGCAGAACUCAUACAGGCGAGAAGCCCUAUCCGUGUGAUGUGUGCGGCCAGCGGUUCCGCUUCUCCAACAUGCUUAAGGCCCACAAGGAGAAGUGCUUUCGGGUGACCAGCCCCGUGAACGUGCCGCCUGCUGUCCAGAUCCCACUCACAACCUCCCCGGCCACCCCGGUUCCUUCUGUGGGGAGCACCCCCACGACCCCCGCCCCUCCCAUCAGUAUGAACCCCGUCAGCACGCUAACCCCUCGGCCCAUGCCCCACCCCUUCUCGCACCUUCACAUCCACGCGCACCCUCACCACCCACACCACCUUCCUAUCCCCCCAGUCCCUCACCUCCCCCCACCUCCAGCUCUCUUUAAGAGUGAGCCUUUAAAUAACAGGGGCCAGGGUGAGGACACCUUCCUGCGGCACCUGGCAGAGAAGAACAGUUCAGCCCAGCAUCACUAACAUCCAUCUCCUUAAAUGUGUUCUCCACGAGUUCCGUGCCCCGGUGUGAGUUUGCAGAGAGGGGGUUGGUGAGCAUUUCUGUAGCUGUCAGACUCUCCUCAGCCUCCACCAAGAGCUUUGUCAUGGUCUUGGUGAAUCAGCACAUCCGAGGGAGUGGACAAGAAGACCUUGAGCUCACGGAGGGAACUGUCGAACCAGGGAACCACCGAACUAAAGCCCAAAUUGCUUGCAUUUUCUGGUGACUUUUAUAAAUUUCAAAUACUCAGACUUGUGGAAUUUUAUAAUUUCAUAUCAGCUGAUGAGGUAUGCUUGCUUUUAUAUCCUGGACUUCUCCUCAAAGAGGGGACAGGCCUGGUUUCCUUUGUACUAAUCGGGAAGGCUGUGACAUUAAUCCAGAGCAUUAAUUGUAUCACUGUGUAUCGUAACAAAUUCUUUUCAGCUUUUGGUGCUGGCUUCAGAGUUGAGCUAGCCAUGUUUCACAGUAUAUCAAGCAUUAUAGAGAAAGACAGAAAUUUUCUUCUUUGUGUAGCUCUCCUAAUGCACUCUUUAUUUUACUACAGAAAUUAUUUUAGAGUUUUUGUAUAGACUUCUUUAGUAGUCUGUUUCUAAAAUGAAAUGUAUUUCAAUAAGCAGUGUAAUUUUUUCAGUGUAGCUGGACCUAUGUUGUAAAAUAGAAAAAAUUUUUAUAAUCAUCAAAAUGUGAUUCUUAAAGAUGCAUAUAACUUCUAUAGUUCAAAGUUAUUCUUACAUCCGUACAACUCAAAGGUGCUUCAGAGACUAGAUGUAUCUGAAAGGGUCUCCAGGCCAGGUUAUUGCAAAAACGAGGUUUUGCUUUCGGAAUUUGGCAUAAGUACUUGGUAGUUUUUUAAUCUCUGCUUAACACUCGGGGGCCUGUUAGGCUCGUGGACAUGCUGUGUCCUCCAUGUUUCGUUUGGUUCAGUUAGUACGUUGAAUGGAAUGAUUUGCAGAGGGUUGAGCCUUUUCCAGGGAGGUCACCUGAAGCUGGCCUGUUUUGAAAAUCUGAGUAAAGCUGUUCACCGUCAAGAGGAGGAGGUGACGGAGGCUGUUUCCUCUCAGUCACGUCUCGCUUCCCCCAGAAACGUGUUCAGGUUCAGCCUCUGUGGGACGACAAAUGGAAGUCUCCUAAUACACUGCUCACUUUAAGGUUGCUUUAUUUUUCUAGAAUUGUUACAAAAAGAUAAAAUAGUACACUAAAGUCACAAACAUGAUGUUGCUGAUAGUGGCUGAGAAAUUUGGGUAAGAACACAAAUUGGUUAUGACUUUUAAAAUGUCUCUUCUAUCCAUGGAUGUAGUCACAACUUCGAGCUAUUCUAACACAGUUUAAAUUGUGGUGAGAGAGAGAAAACGACGUUUUGCUGCCCUGUCCUCUGCAAGCGAUGAUGUGAUAGCAGCCUUCUUGGAUAAGGAGAGCCACAAAUGGGGCAGGUUUGAAAGAGUUUGGGUAACUUCUAAAGAGCAUGGUCAAUCAGGAGCUCAUUAGAAGAAAGGCUGAACAGAAGGGCUAACAGAUUGGUUAUAUUUAACUGAUCACAUUUAUCCUGACUCAGUGUAGCUAAAAAUUUUGUAAUUUUUCAUCUCAGCGAACUGAGUUUCAAAGCGAGGUCUACUUUCUUUCUUUCUCUCUCUCUCUCUCUCAUUUUUUUAAUCUUGAAAUUUCUUCAUUUUUCUUUCCUCAAGGUUUUAAAUCUUUGCCUGAAUCAGAACCCUGACUUUUAUUUAUUUUUUAUUUUUAAUAUUAAGUGUGCAGAUAGACUUACAGCACUUUUCUGGCUGAUUAGCUCUGUGGUAGGAAAACUGGAACUCUUUCCAUUGAGGUUAAGUCCCUAUUUUUAAAAUAUCGCAUUCUCUGUUAGCUUUUUGGUUUAAUAUUUCCAGAUUUUUUCCUUCUGAUUACUGCCUUUGUCUUCU